AUGUUACUCGAGCCAAAGGAUUUCCCGCAGAUGUGGCAGAAACCGUCAAGUGAUGACUUACUCAACACACUGAAGCAAUUGGAACUCAGCCCUCCGAUAUGGAGUCACAAGCGCAGGAGAUCCGAAAUCGUUCAUGAGCAGGAAGCCACGGCCUACUUCCGACGCGAGGUGUCCAUGUACCUGUCAUCUAUCAUCAAGAGCAGUCUCUCCUGGAUCGAAGAUGCCGAUGAGCAGGAGGAGAUCUGGUCAGAGGCCAGCCGCAGGAUGGCGGAGCGCUGUGGGAGAACAGCCAUGGGCGAGAUCACGCGACAGUGGCCCUUCCUGGAGGACGCUCUCACUCCGACAUUCGAGCUCAUCAUCCGCGAGCCGCCCCUGACAGGCGACUCACUCGGUCACAAGACAUGGGGCUCAUCGUACGUACUGGCGCAACACCUACCGUCUAUCGGCUCCACCGCCCUGUUCCGCCUCUUUGACGAGUCUCUCGGCCAGCCUCGACCGUCCGUGUUGGAGUUGGGCUCCGGAACAGGCCUGCUUGGACUCGCCGCCGCGGCUUUGUGGAAGGUCCACGUUAUUCUGAGUGACUUACCGGACAUCAUGUCUAACCUGCAGCAUAACGUCGAGGCCAACCGGGCGACCGUGGAGAAGUUUGGCGGGUCACUGGACGCGGGAGCCCUGACCUGGGGUGGUUCAGGGGAAAAUGAGGUUGACCAAAGCUUGUUUGACAAGAAGAACCAGUUCAGGGUUGUCCUCGCCGCUGAUCCUCUCUACGACGAUUGUCAUCCGGGCCUUCUGGCUGGCGCUUUUUCGGAACACCUUUCUACUGAAGACGACGCACGCGCUGUUGUGAUGGUUCCUUUGCGAGAUGAAACUACGAAACGGCUUUUGAGAUUGUUCAGAGAUACCAUGGGAAGUCAAGAGAUGUCUCUGGUGUGCAUUGAAGAGGGGACACUUGAUGGCCAGGACGAUUGGGGCGAGGCCGAGGAGGGUACCCAAGUGACAUGUUGGUGGGGCAUCUUUGCACGCCAGCAAUAG